CCAAAAAGAGGAGCGCGCUGUUCCGCAUGCAGCAAGAGGAAGAUGACACGCGAGCGUCGCUGAACACGUGGUGAAGAAGAAGAAGCCGCCGCCGCCGCCGCCUCGAACCGCGGCCGCCGCAAGCAAGCCAGCAAGUUUUCCACUGCGACGCUAGAGCCGCUGGCUCAGCCAGUACGGUUCCGUGUGUGUCUACAAAAGCGAGAGGGGGCGCCUGUAGUAACCCUAUAGCUUCCCAACGCGUCGUGCGUGUGUUCAAAGCGUCGUCGACGUCGUGGACGUGCGGCGCGCGUCUGCAGCCAUAGCGGGAAACGGCACCGUUCGACAACGAGAGAACCAGCUGCGCGCCGGAAGACUCGGACGCCCGUCGUGUGUGUGUGUGUGUGUGUUUAUACGUUGGGAGAAGGACGCACGCCUUGGGUCCCCGUCGCUUCACACGUCGGAGCCAUGUGCUACGGGCGGACAGGAUGGAGCAGCUUUCCGAGUUCAGGUCUUCUCGUUCUCCUGGUCGGAAUCGCAGCGCUUGCCACCGCCAAGGAAAGCCGGAUCCGAGUCUCUACUCACGAUUUGGAAUGGAAACUUGGAGAUUCGUCGGGAUUUUACGUCUUCAUCGACCCACCGCCGAACGAGACAGUGCUGGUGAGCUUGGUCGCGUCCAAGGGCGAGGACCUGUUGGCCGACUCUCCUGGGCGUCACGUGAUAGCGCCGGGAUCGGAGGGUGGCCUCUGGCUCAACCUGAGCGCGCGCAAGGCCGGCUACGCCGUGAUCCACCUCAAUGCAUCGCUACCUGACGUCGAUUCCAGCGACGCCUUUGUGCGCAUCAGCGUCCUCCGUCUGAGCUGGCUCAACGUGCUGAGCGCAGUGUUCGGCUGGCUCUACUUCAUCGCCUGGUCGGUCUCCUUCUACCCGCAGAUCUACCUCAACUGGAAGCGCAGAAGUGUUGUCGGCUUGAGCUUCGACUUCAUCGGCCUCAACCUAACGGGCUUUCUGGCGUACUCCUUCUUUAACCUUGGCGUCUUCUUCAGUCCCGUCGUUCAGAGCGAGUACUACGCGCGGCAUCCUGCGGGCGUUCUGCCGGUUGAGGUGAACGACAUCGUGUUCGGCCUGCACGCCUCGCUCGCCACCUUCAUCACGGUGCUGCAAUGCUACUUCUACGAGAGGAAGGACCAGCGCAUGUCCAUGGCGGCCCGGGUACUUCUGGGCAUCGUGUGGGUCGGCGGAGUGCUCUACGGCAUCAUAACGCUCGCCGCUGGUCGCCACUGGAGCAGCCCCUGGCUCUUCUACCUCUACUACUUCUCCUACUGCAAGCUCGUCAUCACCCUGGUCAAGUACAUCCCGCAGGCCAUCCUCAACUUCAGGAGAAAAUCGACGAUAGGCUGGAGUAUCGGCAACAUACUCCUCGACUUCACCGGCGGAACCCUGAGCAUGCUGCAGAUGUUUAUCAUCGCCUAUAAUUACGAUGACUGGUCGUCGCUGUUCGGGAACUUCACCAAGUUCGGUCUCGGCCUCAUCAGCAUCAUGUUCGACGUGAUGUUCAUGAUGCAACACUACGUCCUCUACCCCAACGGCAAUUCUGCGCUCAAGAAAAUGCCGCACGACGAUCUUUAGGGGCGCAUUCCUGCCAGCCUCACAAGCCCGCCCCCAUACAUCAUAGCGCAUAUACGUAUACAUUGCAUCGAUUUAGACAUGCUGCCUCAGGAGAGAAAAAUGAGGACAUCUAUUCGUUUGUUUGAACUGUUGUACAUUUGUUAUAUUUGACGAACUGCUGGAACUUAUUUACCUCUGUAUACCCUUGCUGUUGCAUCCUAUAAGCUGUGACGUUAAAGCUGCGAUACUUGGCUUUUCCAUUUCCAGUGUGCUAAACGUUUUACUUCAUUGGCUCCUUCAUAACUAUAGGCUUAUGUAGCGCGAGUUUUCUAAGGGACCUUCUCCAUUUUAUUUCCUGAAAACCUACAGUUGAUUUAGGCAGCGCAAGAUAAACACCACGAAUAUUCGUAACAAUAGAGGGAUCACAUAUGCUGCAGUUUUCUCGGCUGUAGCACAACCUCGAUUCCGAACAGCAGAUAACGUUUUUCCACGCUGCCCCGCAUAACCUUGUUCUUCUGUCUGUCUUUUUUUUUUUUUACGUCUUCGUCUAUUCUCUCGUAUAGUGGCAGAGAUCUCAAUCUCAAUUAUGCACUUGUGUUGCGUGUUGCGACAGUGCGGGCACGCGGUAUCUCAUCGAUGUUUCAUUACCAUUCGUGCAGCAUGUUUUGAGAAACGUUAUCUACGCAAUAUACGCACCCAUAGUGGAUGGAAUAACGGGGCUCAGAAAAUAGUCUGUACGCGUCUCGUCUUCUUAACUGAAUUUUUUUUGUGUGGUGCGUCGUGCACAUAACGCAUAAGCAUACCGGCGCCCCGCGAACUCGUGCUUUUAUCAUAUUACAUCUUUAAGUAUCCCCAAGCUUGCGCCUCAGUACAGCUUAAACGCGGCGACUGAGGUGCGUGAUUGCCCAAUCGAUACGCUUUCGUGACCAUUCACACGACGGAAUCUUUUAAAACGUACAAAGCCGGCUUUCCAGCAAUGCUCAAGCGUUCAAAGUUCGGCGCGCUCAACUUAUCGUUAAAAUGGUAUCGGUUACCUCUGUACUUGCAAAUGUGCAUUUCGUGUCACGCAGGCUUGGCACUUUACCGAAAGAACUUUUUUUCAAAUGCUUUCUUCUUAUUACAGUGUUGGUAACUUUACGGAACACCCUAUCGUAUUUACGCGCGAAGAGAGAACCAUGUUGACAACAUUGCAGUUGCUUAUGCGUAUACGUGGCAUGGUUGACUAAAUUGUUUGACCUUGUACCUUUCGUACAUGUUCGUGAUAUCAAACGCGAGAUGUGCUCUUAAAAACAUUUCACGACUUAACUUUGUUCAUUUGGUAUAUCGUCCAUGCUUCGAAAUGGGUUUCCUGCGUGAGCGAAAUACUGCAAAUAUUUCUAUGCGAAGUGGAACUCAACUAUUGCACUUCUGUACGACACAGCUUUACAAAGGAACAUGUAUCAUCAUAUGUAUCACGCUUGAACAUAAAAUCUGCAUUUGGUCAUGUCAAUGUGUCCUGCUCUUGCCGCAUUCUCGCUGAAAAAGAAAAGAACGUAAUAGAUUUCUUGCAGUCAUA